GUUAAAUACUUGAGUCAAGUAUCUAUGUUUUGUGGUCGAACUUUUUAAAUUGCGAUAAUUGCUAACAUUUAUAGCGAUUUCUUAGCCUGUUGUGACACUUUUAAACCCAUUGUGGAUAUAUUAUCAACUUUUAUAAAGUCAUCUACAGCUCAGAAAUAUCCAAGGUCAGCAAAUGAAGUUAGAUUCAAUGCUAAAGUAUUAAACUUUAAUCCGUGAUAUGUAUUUUAUUAUAAUAUGAAUUACUUAAAGCAGUGAGGGAAAGAUACCACAAGGAAGAUCAAAUUAAAAAUUUAUUACAAUAAAUGUUGUGAUGAGUUUUAAAUGAGGAUUAACAGCAUAUUUAAGGAAUGUAUAACAACAGAGGAGAUAUUGAUGUAGAUUUACCUGGAUCAAAGUUAAAUGAAAUAUCACUAAAUACCAUGUCACACUAUGAAAAUGGUCACAUAGGAAAAGAUGAAUAUUUUCCUAUGCGAAGGGGCUCACAUACAAAUGGCUAUUUACCAAAUGUUCAAGAUCAAGUCACUAAAUUUGCUGUGGUGUUGGAACUGACUGAAAAUGAAAAGAGAUUUGGGUUCUCUGUUGUUGGAGGUGAAGAUGAAGGAUUUCGGCCCAGAAUUGAUGAAAUUGUUGAAGGUCUACCAGCAGCAAGAAAGGGUGUUCGUAUUGGAGAUGAAAUUGAGAAAGUCAAUGAUAAAUCUAUUCGGUCUUUAACCCACGCUCAAAUUGUCACAACAAUCCUUGAGAGUGUGCAAACUGGUACCAUCAAACUAACUUUGAAUAGAAUAAAUUUACCAAUGUCAGACGAUACCAACAGUUUACCAGUACGAGGUCGUCUCGGUAAUCGUAACAACAAUUUCAAUGAAGAGAACACGAGCAUGUCGUUAAAGACUCGUGGAAAAAGUCUUCAAACAAAUGGCGACAAUGAAAGAUUGGUAAACGCUGGCAUGAGCAAUGGAGAUGUUAAGAUGUCUGCCACUAGUUCGUAUACGUCGGGAUCAACUCUGAGUCUUACAAAUAAUGGCAAUGCUAACUCUUCACCUUUACGAACCAUUGAUCCUGGAUUUGUUGGUGUUGAUAAUUAUGGAUACGAUUAUCGCCGUAGUCAGUUUGGAAUUGUUGUCCCUUCAUAUAAUGAAGCUGUUCACGGUCCAACUCGUUUAUCACAUUACAGUUCUGUUGAUUCUGAUGAUGUUGGUGUACCAGUGAUGGAUUCUAAUGAUUGUCUAGACGUUGUUUCAACGUUAAAGCGACAUGCAGUUAAUGUGGAUGACGAAGAACUAAUGCUUGAUCUUAGAGUCCUUGAAUCGUACCUUCAAACGAAACAUUUCAAUAAUGCGUUAUCUGUACAAUGUAAAAUAAUGGAAUUAGAAAACCAAGGACGUGGACCUCAUUUUGUUUCGGCUCAUCGCGAUGAUUCUUCCGUAAUACGAGAGCAGAUUACAAAUUUCAUCUCAAAUCAAAGAGUUUUAUCAAGUGAAGCUCAUGAACUUUCGGAUAUUUUGAACUCCGUUCAUCUCAAGCAACUCUUGAUAGCUCACGAUAGAGCUGCUAAAAUAGAUCGUCCAAACUUCGUGGAAACCGGAGUUAAUGCUGGCUUUGAUCGUACGGAUAGUUCUCGAAUAUCUCGCGGUCGUAUUUCCGCUGACCGGGUGUCAAUGGAAGACGACGAAGAAGUAAAAAUUGUUAAGAUUGAGAAAACGGAUGAUCCACUUGGGGCAACUGUACGCAACGAGGGAUCAGCGGUUAUUAUUGGAAGAGUUGUCGAGGGGGGAGCUGCACAGAAAAGUGGAGUUCUUCGUGAGGGUGAUGAAAUUAUCGAGAUAAAUGGUGUCAACAUGGUGGGAAAAACUGUUGAUGAAUUUUGUGAAUUACUCGCUGAUAUGAGUGGCACGUUAACGUUUCUUAUCAGACCAUCAAAUAAAACACAAAGCAUAUACUCGUCCGCCGAACUACACGUCCGAGCGUUGUUCGAUUACGAUCCGAACGAUGACGAGUUUGUCCCGUGCAAAGAACUGGGUCUUUCGUUCUCAAAACGUGAUGUAUUACAUGUUGUGAAUCAAGCUGAUACAAACUGGUGGCAAGCAUGGAGAGAGGGAACAUCUGGUCAGGAACUUGCUGGUCUUAUACCUGGAGAAAACUUACAAAAACAAAGAGUAAAAUUGACCAAAGAAAAGGGAAAAGAAAACAAGAAGAGAAAAAGGAAAAAAUGUGGUUGUUUUCGUAAAAAUCGUGGCAAAAAUCUCUUGUCUGACAGUGAAGACGAAGAUAAUCUUCUCAUUUACGAACAAGUUGGCUUGUUUCGUCAAAGCAGAAAUCAGAAGCGUCCGAUUGUUCUUAUUGGACCAAAGAAUAUUGGCCGUCGUGAACUACGUCAGCGUCUGUUGCAAGUUGCUCCGGAACGUUUUGGGUCAGCGGUACCUUACACUAGUCGACAUCAACAGAAGGAUGAAAUGAAUGGUAAAGAAUAUUAUUUCGUCACUCGUAAAAAUUUUAUGGAUUUGAUCGCGAGAGGCAAAUUUGUGGAACACGGCGAGCAAGAUAAACAUUUAUAUGGAACAUCUUUGGAUUCUAUUGAAGAAGUUGUAAAGAGUGGAAAAGUUUGCAUCGUCAAUCUCCAUUGUCAGGGUCUCAAAGUUCUGCGUGAAUCUGAACUUAAACCGUACUCUGUUUUCAUUUGUCCGCCAACCGUCGAGAAAAUAAAGAGAUUACGACGUGACAAUGUGGAUUCGUUUAACCCCAAUCUUAAAAAAUUAAGCAGUGAUGAGGAGCUUGUGGAUAUGGUAAUGAGUGCCCAAGAAAUGGAGGAUAACUUUGGUCAUUAUUUCGAUAAAAUUAUCGUGAACACAGACUUAGAGAGAACUUUCAACGAAUUAAUUCAGACAGUGAAUGAACUCGAGACAAAAUCCCAAUGGGUUCCAGUCCGCUGGGUGAGACCAAGAUAAUAUAAAGACGAGAAAAUGAUAUUUUUAGAGGCACAUUUAUGCACAUAUAUACAUAUUAUAUACAUAUAUACAUAUAUAUCAUAUCUGAUAUAGAGAAAUCCGUAUCUUUUUUCCACGCAGCUCUUAUACCUAAUUUGUGCGUCAGUUUGUGACUCGUUCAUGCAAUCGACGCGACAAUUUUUUUUACCUAUACUAUUGCCUUAACUAUGUUGCCAUUUUCCCGGUGUUUAUAACCCUUUUUUGUAGCUUAAUAGCAAUCUUUAAUUACGCAGUUAAUCAGAAGGCCAUUCUGUGCUUAUCGUCAAGUUGAAGUGUUCAAUACAACGAGUAAUUGUAAGAUUUAUAUUAUUUUUGUAAUUAAUUAGAAUGUAUCAAUUUAUUAUUCAAAAUUGUCAAUUACAAUAACAUUGAAACAUGAUUUCAUUUGAAAUGUAAAACUAUAUAAACUGUUAUAUAACUCUUUAAACUAUUUAAUAAUAAAAUCUUCGAGUAUGUAUAA